CUACUUGUUAUCUAUAUAUAUUAAGAAGAAAAAAAGAAGCAUGAAAGAAGCAAAAAUGGUUUCAUCUUCAUCUUCUCCUUCUUCUUCAUAUGAAGUAAAGAUAUACUCAGAAUGCUUCAUCAAACCCCAAACCAUAGCUGAAAAAUCAAAUGAGCCAUACCAUUUAUCACCAUUAGACCAUCUGAUGCUCUCCUUCCAAUACAUCCAAAAGGGUCUUCUCUUUCUCAAACCAUCUCAACAGUCUGACGAUGCAACCAAACCAAAAGACUUCAUGGAGACUCUGCUGCAAAAUCUUAAAGACUCUCUAGCAACAGCACUCGUCCACUUCUACCCGCUGGCAGGUCGUCUCUCCACCUUGAAAACAGAAAAUCCAAGAUCUCACUCGGUGUUUGUGGAUUGUAACGACAGCCCUGGAGCUGGAUUUAUCCAUGCCAAAUCAGAACUAACGGUAGCAGACAUUGUUGGGUCCAAGUACGUUCCUUUGGUAGUUCAAUCUUUCUUUGACCAUCACAAAGCAGUUGAUGUCGAUGGUCAAACCUUAAGUCUCUUAUCAGUCAAGAUAACAGAGCUGGUAGAUGGAGUGUUCAUAGGAUUGUCUAUGAAUCAUUCAGUUGGAGAUGGAAGUACAUUCUGGAACUUCUUCAACUCUUGGUCUGAGAUCUUCAACUCACAACAAGAUGACAAUAACUUUUGUCUCAAGAAUCCUCAGAUCUUUCGUCAAGUGUCUGGUCCUCUUUGCAGGCUUCCUUACAGUCCACUUGAUGAGUCCAUUGGUCAAUCCGAAUCUCCGGAUUUGAAAGAGAGAAUGUUCCAUUUCUCAUCAGAAACGCUGAGAUCACUCAAAUCAAAGGCUAAUCUAGAUUGUGGAGCAACGAUGAUCUCUUCUUUGCAGUCAUUAACCGCAUUUAUAUGGAGAAGCAUUACAAGAGCAAGGAGCUUAUCAAACGAUCAAGAAACUACUUGCAGGUUUGCUGUAGGAACUAGAAUAAGGAUGGAUCCACCAUUGCCAGCAAAUCACUUUGGGGUUUACACCUCUCUUGCAAGCACCACUGCCAAAACAGGCGACCUGUUGGAGAAUGUGUUGGGAUGGGCUGCUUCAAAGCUGCAUCAAGCUGUAACCGAACAAAGUAGCGAGAAGAUAGCUUCCGAAAUUGAUCAUUGGUUGAAGUCUCCUUUUGUUUUGCAACCAGAUCAAUUCUCUGAACCGAACCUUGUCCACAUGGGAAGCUCGCCGAGGUUUGACAAGUACGGAAGCCAGUUUGGGAUGGGGAAAGCUGUUGCGGUUAGAAGCGGUUAUAACAGCAAGCAUGACGGUAAGGUCUCAGCUUACCCUGGGAGAGAAGGAGGAGGAAGCAUAGAUUUGGAAGUGUGUCUUUUGCCAGAGUUUAUGGAAGCUUUGGAAUCAGACCAGGAGUUCAUGUCUCUUGUCUCUUCUUCUUGAUCCUAUUCAUAUUUAGGUUUCUUUGUUCUGUUACACCCUCUUUGGCUGGGUUUUGAUAAAGUUGUUGUUGUCUGAUUUUGAUUUAUUAAUGUCUGAGGAUUCUGCAGUUGUUUGGAGACAAAUGUUUCAGUUUUAUUAAGAUCAGAGUUGAAAUCUA